AUGUCUGGAGUCGUCGAAGAGAAGAGCGCGAAUAGCGUGGUGGAAAUCAUGAACGAGAAGGAGGCCGGACUGGUCCAAGUGAAAGUCGUGAAGGGAAGUGAUGCCUUCCAUGAAGCAAAGGCGAAGGAGCCCACGCCAUUCCUCCAUCCAGUCACCCUCAGAUUGAUUGGUUGUCUGCUGCUCGGAUGCUUCUGCCAAACAAUGAACGGGUACGAUGGAUCUCUGUUUGGUGGACUUGGUGCAAACAAAGUCUUCCUUGACUUCUUCAAUGGAAGCGUAAAUGGACCUUGGCAGGCCAUCAAUGCAGCCAUGUACCAGAUUGGUGGCGUGUCUGCACUGCCCUUUGUUGGUCCUGCGAUCGAUACCUGGGGUCGAAAGGUUGGAAUGAGCAUUGGUGCUUGGCUUAUUAUCCUCGGCGCUGUCAUCAAUGGUACCACAGUUUACACAGGCGAUGGUGGACAACUCAAAGGCGGUCGCUUCUUGCUCGGUUUCGGUGUCUCCAUUGUCUCUGCAGCAGGUCCCAUCUACGUGGUGGAGACAGCUCAUCCAUCAUGGCGAGCCGUCAUCACAGCAUACUGCAACACGUUCUGGUUCACAGGAUCCAUCAUGGCCGCCGGUGCAGUCCGUGGUGGACUCAACCUUGCAGGUAACACUUCAUGGGUGCUUCCAGUGUAUCUCCAAAUGGUGUUCCCCGGCCUUAUUGCAAUCUUCGUCUGGUUCAUCCCCGAAUCUCCUCGGUGGCUUUUUGUCAAUAACAAGCGCAGCAAAGCUAUUGAAGUUCUGACCAAGUGGCAUGGUUACGGCAACCCAGAUUCCGCGUGGGUCAAGCUCGAGGUCUCCGAAUACGAAGAGUACCUCAAUACCAACGGUGCAGACAAACGAUUCUGGGACUAUUCUGCUCUCUUCGGAUCCAGAUCAGCCAGGUACCGUAUCGCGUGCAACAUCGUCUUCUCCAUUUUCGCGCAAUGGGCCGGAAACGGAGUGCUUUCUUACUUCUUGCCUGCCGUGCUGGAGACUGCCGGAUACACCGACGGGGUCGAACAAGCCAACAUUAACCUCGGAUACAGUUGCUUCCAAUUUGCCUUUGCCUUGUUCGGAGCCGCGUGGGUGGAGCGCAUUGGACGUCGGCCGCUCAUGUUAUUUUCGAUGACAGGCUGCUGCAUUGUCUGGAUCGGCGUGACAGCCGCAACAGGAACCUUUAGUGAGUCCGGCGAUACCAAUGCCGCUGCUGCUAGAGCUACUGUCGCCUGCAUCUUCAUCUUUGGAGCCACGUACUCGGUCGGUCUCACGCCCCUGCAAGCCCUGUACCCAGUGGAGGUGUUGUCAUUCGAGGGUCGUGCCAAGGGUAUGGCCUUCUCUGCUUUGGCUGUCAAUGCUGGUGGUCUGUUGGGCCAAUUUGCCUGGCCCAUUUCCCUCAAGAACAUCGGCUGGAAGACCUAUAUCGUCUUCGUGGUGUGGUGUGCCAUCCAGUCUGCUGUCUUCUAUUUCUUCCUCCCAGAGACCAAAGGUCGCACUUUGGAAGAGCUGGACAUGAUCUUCGAAGCCAGAAACCCGGUGAAGGAGUCUCUCAAGGCUCACAAGCUCGCCGUGGCGAAUGACGGCACUGUACUGGCAUCGGAGGAGGCAUGA